AUGCGCAGCGCAAUUGUGACCUCCCGAAAGAGGAAGCUUCGCGAACUGUUCGCUGUCGCGAGCGUGGUGGAUGGCGUUCCAAACUACAACUUCAAGGACCCAGACGCGCCGCCGACCACACCCGCCGAGUCGCAAUUUUUAAUCGACUGCGAUAUAUUACAGGGCCGCACAUUGAACGAGAAUGCUAUCCCUACCCGUGCACCGCUUCGUCUAGAAACCCUCAAACGACUUAAAGCUAGUGUGGGAAGCGCAGCAGAAGCGAAGGCAUCCAGCCAUGGCGGGGCGAAGGGCUUGGAAAAUGGCGUCGACCGCGAAACUGCGGCCCAAGUUUCGACACCCGAUUCUCAAGGCAUUCCUUCACAACCUGCGACCGUCUCUGCUUCUGGAGUUGCAGACAGUUCCGCGUCCCGACCUCAGAAUGCUUCAAAGCCUCUAGACAGCCCAGCCCGGACCACGGAAUCCCAGUCUCACCCGUCUUCGAUCCCCUCGCCUCCUGCAUCCGAGCCCUUGGGGCUCAAUGGCAUUCCCGGGAAGCCCAAUGCCGACCUGCCGCCAGAACAGGCUGGAGAGCCUUCAGCAGCUGCUUCGGUCAAGACAAAUGAAGUUGCCACACAGAAGAGCUUGGACAGCAAUAAUGAGCCGGUACAAACAAUGACGCGAGCUGUUGAUGCUCACACACCACCCCCGACGUCAAUGGAGGUCGAUAAAGACCGCACAUUGAUGCAACAUACCGAAGCAGAAAGGGCAGCUGGUCGCUUGGCACCGGGAGAAGGAUCAAAGGCUGUGGAAGUAUUGUCCUCGCCCGGCUCUACGGCACAGACGGUUGGAACGCCUACUGUCCAGGGAGCAUCGACCGAUACCAGCCCUGACCACGAGGGAUCUCACUAUGAAGAAAAGGAUCAACCAGAGUCUGAGCCUGACAGUGAUCGAUCGCUUCAAACACCGACUCAACAGGCGGUUCCGAAGGGACCCUUGUCUCAAAACUUAUCCAAUGCUCCUGCAACAGAAAUAGCUGCCGUUGAGGGUGGUGUUGAAGCACAGCUUCUCUUGGAAUCAGCCGCUGCCAAGAGCACUGAACCUGAAGGCGCAGCUGGCUCUCUCCCGUUGGGCGACUCUCGCGCCUUGACCAAUGGCGUGCGCUCAGAUUCGGUGGUACAACCAUCCAGUGUCGAGAGCACAUUUACAGAGAACCAUGGUUCUACCGAACCGAGAGUACAAGCUGCCACCGAGGGGCCUCCAGCAGUAGAAAUACCAGACAGCCAGCACGAAUCACCUAUUGAUUCUAUGGACAUUGACAAACCGACGGAAGCUACUGAUGCUGCACCGCACUCCCCGACCACCGCUCAACAGAUGCCUGCUGAGCGGGACGCCAAAUCUUCACACACCACAUUGCCCCCAACGCCAGCUACGGCUACCGAAGGUGUUGCUGAGGCCAUGUUGGACGAUUCUCGAGCAUCCAUAGCGCUUCCCGUCAAGAACAGGCACAAGAGGGUCAAAGGGUCACACCCCACAGUUGUGUUCGGCAAGACGCCAACACCGCAUGUCAUGCCAGGCGAUAAGUCCAUCGUCACAGCUCAGGCUCAAAAUGGACGCCUGCCAACUGAUGACUAUUUCACAACGUUGUUUAUCCAGGGCUUUGCGCAACACUCCAAAUGGAUGAAGCCAGUUGAAGAAUUGCUGAAGAACGCGCACAAGACCAUCUCUACCCCCGACUCCUACACGUCUAUUUUGGAGCAACAAGCUUGCAGAGUGUUGCGGCGUGUCUAUCACCUACAGCAACAGGACAAAUGGUCUCUGCGCCAACCAAAGAGAUGUCUGGAGCCAGCAAGGAAUCCCUCGCAUUGGGACGUGCUACUGCAGGAAAUGAAAUGGAUGAGGACGGACUUCAGGCAAGAGCGGAAGUGGAAAAGGACUGUUGCCCGAAAUCUUGCGCUUUGCUGCGCAGAGUGGGUCGCCUCCGAUCCCGCACGUCGUAAAGCCUUACAGGUCAAUGCCAUCAUUCCACCUCUGCCCGAUGUUGCUGUCGAUGACAUUGCGAUGAAAGAUGCCGAUGGCCAGGCUGGGGAUGCUUCGGCGGCGCCUACGCCAGAUCUGAUCCCCUCUGGCGAUUCGGACUCACCAGCGGCAUCGAUGGAUGAGCAAAGGGAUCAACUACCCGAGACGAUCGCACCGGCUGCCAUCUUCGCAAUGCAGGAUGAUGAGGUUGUGUUUGGUCUUCAAAGGACUCCGGCUACUGAUCGCCUGCUUGACGAGCUGCCUUUAUAUGGAACGCCUCUGAAAGCUCCCGUGUUCGACAUUACAGGUCCCGAAGUCGAUCCUGAUGCUCAUUGGCGCCGCCCUGCUCUCCCCCUCAGCAAGUAUGUGGAAGGACGGAUGGUACUCGCCCCAAGCAAUCCUCCGCGCAGGAGAGGGAGAUAUCAAUACGAGGCAGAAGAUGAAGAUGGCGAGGAUGAAGUCGUCUAUGGGAUGUCAGAUCGGCCACCCCAACUUGAUCGCGAGAAUCAGGAUGUCGCUCUGUUCAAUCCCGAAAUGAAGCCAAUCCGCGACAGACUCCACGCAGGGCAUCAAUUCCGACCUCCUGCAGAACAUGGCAUGCCAUUGCAGAGCUUCUACGAAUGCCGCUAUGCCUCCCAGUGGACGAUGGCCGAGGACGAUGAUCUCAAAGCACUCGUCCGUGAGCAUUCGUACAAUUGGUCCCUGAUCUCGAGCAUCCUGUCCACUAAAUCGAUGUUCGUGUCUGGGCCGGAACGACGAACCCCGUGGGAGUGCUUUGAGAGAUGGGUCCAUCUCGAGGGUCUGCCCAAUGAUAUGGCCAAGACGCAGUAUUUCAAGACCUACCAGAACCGGAUUGACACCGCACAGAGGGUCAUCAUGGAGCAAAACCAGAAGGCUCAGCAACAGGGCGCCGCGAAUGGGGCUGUCACACCUGUACCGCGUCGACGGCCCACGACCACUAUGCGGGUGGAAAGGCGCAGAAACCAGAAGCAUCUCGCUUUGAUUGACUCGAUGAGGAAGCUGGCUAAGAAGCGCGAAACGACACUACAGAAGCAACAGCACGCUGCCAACCUUGCGGCUAUGCGCAAACAAAACGAACCUCCAGCCCAACGAGGACCGAGCAAGACACCCAGGGACUACAGCUUGAUGAGGUGGGAACGAGACCAGCAGCUCGCUGAAAAGAUGGCUCAGUACGCGCAGCGGCAGCAAGAGCAACAGCGAAGAGUAGGUUUUCUUUUCGCUUGCCCUCAUGAUAUUUGCUUUUGCAAGCCACAGGAUACUGACGGUGUAAAUCAUCAGGCACUAGCAGCUCGAGCCCAAGGCCAAGUCGCCGCUGCUCAGGGCAGCGCGACUCCGGUUCCUCCGCAGGUGGCUGCCCAGAUGGCAGCGGCGAACUCUCUUGCUAACGCGGCGCGAGUCAAUGGCACUGGUCAAAUGCAGAUGCCCGGACAGGCCCGGCCCCGCAUGCCGAUGCAGGUGCCUGUCAACGGCAUGCCGGGUGUGCAACCAGGUCACAUGCCAGGUGGCUUGGUCCCGCCGAUGCCAAUGAAUGGCAUGCCUACCCAGGCUCAGUUGCAGGCAUUGCAGCAGCAACAAAGGAUGCAGAUGCCGAGCCAGGCCGACCUCGGCCUCAUGAUGCAAGCACGCCGCAUACAGGACCAGCAGCGACAGACGGUUCAGAUGCAACAAGCGCAGCAACAGCACCCGCCUCAGCAACAGCAACAGGCACAACAACAGGUCUCACAGCCUCAACAGUCCCAAGGCCAGCAGCAGCAGCAGCAGCAGCAACAACAACAACAACACCAAGCACAACAGCAGCAGCAACAGCAAGUCGCACCCGGUACCCCUGGCAGCCAAGGCUCACCAACCCCAAACAUGCGACCUGUUAUGAACAACGUCAAUCAGCAAAAAUACAUGGCUAACGCGCAAGCUAUGCUCGCCCAGAUGAACGCCAAUGCUGCCGCCGCCAACGGUAAUGGAAUGGCUACGCCGCCCGCAGGCACCGGGCUCUCUAUGCCCACCCUCCCGGCCGGCUCCCCCCGCGCACACAUGCCUCAACUGCAACAGGUCUCACCCGCCGUUAUUCAGCACUUCCGCGACUUCGAAGCGUCGGUCAAGGCGAAGAACCCGAACAUGCCACCGGAACAGUUGAAAACUCUCGUGGAGAAUGGGUACAGGAACAUGAUUAUCAUGCAGCGUGCCAACGCCAUGCAGGCAGCAGCGGGAGGCGCGUCUCAGCAAGCGCUUGUGAAUGGGAUGCCAAGCAAUAGCCCGCACCAGUAUGCUGCUCGACUGAUUGCUCAGCAGCAGGCCCAACAGGCGGCGGCUGCCGCUGCUCAGCAAGCCUCGCAGCACCAGAGGCAGGCGAGUGCUGGUGCAACCCCUGCUGCCAAAUAG